AUGGCAGCACAAAUGAUGGAAUACGAAUCUCACAGCAGCCGCGGCGACUUCGCCAUGCAGAGAUACCUACUUCUUCAGGGACAGCACGAAGAGCUGCGACAGCACAUGCACGAGCUAUGCCCCACGUACUCACAUGCCUCAUCAACAGCGGUGACCUCGCCUUCGCUGUCCCCUACACGAUCGGUGACUCUCAGCCCUUUAUCAAGCAAGCAUACGUCACCAUCUCGCAACCACCGCCGAUCUUCGGGACACUCACACCGAUCAGGCAGUCGCACGUUUCCCGGCGCUCUGGAGCCAGUGCUUGACGAAGAGAUCGUGGGUGUGAUGGCGGCGGAUGAACAGAAGCUCUGCGAUGUCAAUGAGGGUAUCAAGCGAGCUUUGACAGAGCUCCUCAACAGCGAGGCUGUGCGAAAGGAUCGCAACAUGAGGACAUGGGUACAGACCAGGCUGAUGGAUACGGAGAGAGAAUUGCGGACUGGCAGACGCAGGAGAAGCAAUGGAAGCACCGACUAG